GCUGGGAGGGAGCCUCAAUAAAAGGAGAUAUCAUCUUCUCUGACAUUCCAACUCAGGGAAUAUACAGAAACAAGAAGAGAGAACGUCAACUAUUUUAAAUCCAAAUUAGUUAAGCCGAUUUAUUGAUCUUGCAGUUGAAACUUGGAAAUUAAGUAUUAAAAAUCAGCAUCACUCGAGCAAUUUGUAAUGGGUCUAUUAGCUAAAGCAAUUUUAUGCUUUCUUCUGAUUCAUCUUUCGUUGUCGUCUGGUUCAGGUUAUGAGCAGGGAAAUGAAAGCAGUAUAGAAGGAGGACUGAUGGUUAGGAUUAACAGACGACUACGCGGUGGUGGUAGCCGUGGUGGUGGUCGCUCAUCAUCGUCUUCGUCUUCCUCAUCUAAUAAUGGUAGAAGUGGUAGUGGGGUGGCUUCCAAUAAGACACCUACACCUAACACUUCAACUAAUAAAAAUAAUAAUGGAGGAGGGGGGGCUGCCACGACGGUUCCUUUGGUCACUGGUGGUGUAAUUGGAGCUGGUGCGGUUGGCCGCAACAACAAUAACAACCGUAAUCGAACUUCGUCUGCAUCUUCGACCGGCUACAACAGCAAGAAGAUCGGUUUAUUAGCUCCGUUGAUAGUUGGUCUCUUGUUAGCGGUAUAGUUCUGAGUUUGUAGUUGUUGUACAAACAUUUUUGUUUAUUUCAACCGGUGUGUAUAAUUAUAAUUAUUAUUUUUUCUAUGAGUGUGUAUAAUUGUAAAAAUUUGACAUGGUAAUUUGUUAUUGCUAAUGUGAAAGUAAAUUUGGAGUACGAA